GAAGGAAGCGCCCCUGGUUACGCUUGUGUUGUCCAUAAAUACCCACAAUGCAUCGCUCACGGCCACCUCAUUUUGGGGAAUUCUGUGUUUUUGCUGUUGCUGUCGUUCAACGUCGGGGUUGUCAUGAGGCGAUAAUGUAUUGAAAUAUUAAAUUCAUCACCCUGUGAGGAAAACAGCGACGAAAGCAUCGUGCUUUGUGUAUUAGAGACAGUGAUCUGUCCAUCUGUAAACAUUGUGGUCCAUAUUCCAGCAUGGACAAAGAGCAACGAAAUAUUGUUGUUUUCAACGCAUCCAAACGAGAGCUCUUCACCUCCAACUCUGGAUAUAAGUCCUUGCAGAAGAAAUUAAGAGCACAAUGGAAGAUUCAAAGCAUCAAAGAGGAGCUCAGCUUGGAGAAACUCCAAGGAGUGAAGUUAUGGAUCACUGCCGGCCCUCGAGAGAAGUUCACCGCUGCUGAGCUGGAGGUUCUCAAGCAGUAUCUGGACAGUGGGGGAGGUCUUCUGGUGAUGCUCGGAGAAGGAGGAGAAAUGAAAUAUGACACUAAUAUCAACUUCCUCCUGGAAGAGUUUGGCAUUAUGAUAAACAAUGAUGCAGUAAUAAGGAACGUCUAUUAUAAAUAUUUCCAUCCCAAAGAAGCCCUUGUGUCUAAUGGUGUUCUGAACAGGGAGAUCAGUCGUGCCGCUGGUAAAGUGGUAACAGGGGUGAUUGAUGAAGAAAGUUCGGGGAAUAAUUCACAGGCACUUACCUUCGUUUACCCUUAUGGGGCCACAUUAAAUGUGAUGAAGCCUGCGGUGGCCGUCCUGUCCACUGGCUCUGUGUGUUUUCCACUCAACAGGCCUGUUCUUGCCUUCCAUCAGCCUAAGAACGCUGGCAAGUUGGCAGUUCUGGGCUCAUGUCACAUGUUCAGUGACCAGUACCUGGACAAGGAGGAGAACAGUAAAAUCAUGGAUGUUGUUUUCCAGUGGCUUACAACCGAUAGCAUUCCUCUCAACCAGAUCGAUGCAGAGGACCCAGAGAUCACAGACUACACCAUGCUUCCGGACACAGGGAGUCUGUCUGACCGUCUGAGAGUGUGUCUGCAGGAGGGAGACGAGAACCCGCGAGAUUUCACAUCCCUGUUUGACAUGUCUCUGCUAAAGCUGCACACAAACACUCUUCCCUCUGUCCUGGAUGCUUACAAGCUGCUGAAUGUAAAACAUGAAGCUCUCCAGCUGAUCACACCUCAGUUUGAAACUCCUCUUCCUCUUCUGCAACCGGCCGUCUUUCAGCCAGCGUUUAGGGACCUUCGCCCACCCAUGCUUGACCUUUUUGACCUCGACGAGACCUUUUCUUCUGAGAAAGUUAGGCUGGCUCAGCUCUCAAACAAAUGUACCGAUGAUGAUCUUGAGUUUUAUGUACGUAAAUGUGGAGACAUCUUAGGAGUGACAGGGAAGUUGGACAAGGACAAAAGAGAUGCCAAGCACAUACUGGAGCACGUCUUCUUCCAGGUGGUGGAGUUCAAGAAGCUCAAUGUAGAGCAUGAUAUCGACACCACAGAAGCAAGAUUCAACAUGUAUUGAAGCAGACAGACCGUGGAGCUGCCGAGUGUUGGAGCAAGUACUUGAUUUGGAGAAGCGCGUGUGUGUGUGUGUGUGUGUGUGUGUGUAUAUAUAUAUAUACACAAUAUAAACACUCAAACUACAAGAUGUGGUUCAUCAGAUUUUUCCAAGCCUAUGGUUUAAAGAAUUCACAAGCUUUCUUGUAACAUUUUUACAUAUACAUCAAUAAAUAUAUGAGCUUUGUUUUCUAA